AUGUCGGCUUUCCAGUCGCCCACGGAGGUGAAAGCAUGCCCCCAGUUUGAAGGACCUAACGCCUCAGAUCUUGAACAGUCUCAAUCCUCUAACAACUUCCUCCAGCCUUGCCAAUCACCUCCCUUCAAUCCCCUUGUUUAUCUUUCCUAUGUCUCACCUUCUACCUCUAAUGCCCAACCUGUAACAAUUAAUGCCCAGCAGACAUUUACUUCCACAUCCGUCAGUCAGAACAAUCAGUCCAAGUCAUUAGCAUCAUUUACUUGUGGAAUCUGUGGUAAGGAAUUCGGAUUGCGAUGUCGUUUGGUCGCCCAUAUCAGAAGACACACCGGCGAACGGCCCUUCUCUUGCACUGAGUGCGGACGUGCGUUUUCCGAUGCUGGCAAUCUCCAAAGGCAUCGCUACGUUCACAGUUCAGAGCCUCGGUUCCAUUGCACCGUCUGUGGCAAGUCCUUCAGACAGGCUUCCUGUUUGUCCACCCACCGGCGAUUCCACUGCCCAGGAGCUGAGGGCCGAGUUUGCGUUUUCUGUCGACGUAAUUUCAAGUCCUCCGCAUCCCUACAAAUGCAUUUGCGAUUUAAACACCGUGCUGAUGCUGAAGCUGUGGUUGCUGUUGCAGUGGGAUCUAUCACCUCGGAGACCGUGAAUUCUUCUGGAAAGGGGGUUAAAGAUGAGUUUUCACUGUUUCAUUCAAAUUUACGAAAUGACUUCUAUUACGCGUUUUCGUGUCGGAACGUCUUCGACUCUCAGCAGCGGCAGGCAUUGUUACUGCCAACGUCGUCGGAGGCUGAGCAGCUCUCCAGCGAGAAUCGGCAGCAGACGACGUGCAGCAGCAUGCAGGAUACAGAAUCCUGUUACCAUGGCGUGGCAGUGGCAGCGGCCGCAGCCUUUCGCCGAAACUUCGUCCAUGUUGACUCACCCACCAGCACCACUAACGCCUCUAUUGGUGCUCCUACCUCCGCCGUUCCCCGACCGCCUGAUCGAUGGCGUAGAGCACACGUCCGGAAGCAGGUGAAAGUAGAAGAAAGUGCAAUCCCCACUCUGGAAGGCAUCACGACCGACCAGCUGAAGUUGGUUGCAGCUGCGGUAGCAGUGGGUGGGAGCUGCGGCAACGGUGUAUCCCCAGGCUCAGCUUUAGAUGCGAAAGGCCGCGCUUUCAAUUUCCCCUGUCCCGCUUGUCCCCGCCGCUUCGUCUUCCAGUGCCGCCUGGCGGCGCAUCUUCGCUCCCACACCAACUUCCGUCCCUUCACCUGUCCCGACUGUGGUCGCGCUUUCACACAACGCGGGUAUCUCGUGCGCCACGCCGCGGUGCAUGCCAAUGAACGGCCCUUUGUCUGUGCCCUUUGCGAUCGUGCCUACAAGCACUACGGCUCGCUGGUGAAUCACCGACGCACUCAUUCCAAGAGUUCUGGCGCUGGCACAUCCACUACCUCCAACAAAUCGCACUCGCGUUUGGGCGUGAGUGCAUCCGGUUCCUCGGGGUACCGGUGCGUACCCACAAUGGCGCCCCCCGCUGCGCCGGUGCUGCCCAUGUGGGCCUCGGCAGCCGCCUCAGCGGGAAUUUCCUUCACCACAUCUGCAUCCACCUGUCAUCCGUCCGUCAUGGCCCAGCAACAACAGCACCAAUCGAUAUUCUUUCGUGCCCCCUUUGGCUACCUCUCUACGCCACAGAGAUGA